AUGGCAUGGCUUCGAGGCAUACGUGUCUCGAUUGUUCCUAUCAGAAGACAUCCCGACGGCACGAGAGCAGCACACGAGCUGAAUACGCAAGAAAGAAGUCUCCCUGAAUUUCCCCAUCCCGACUCCUGUUCAGUACGCCUUGUGGGCACGGACACAACAGAGCCAUCUCUCAACCAUCCUCCAUCUGCCACACAGCUCAGCUCAGACAACAACUACUGUAUUCAACAUAAGGUACAUCCUAGGAUUUCGGUCUACGUCCCUUCAGAAUCAGGAACACAGUUUGCUGUUGACUGGGUCGUCGACCGUGUCCCAGCAUCCUCAAGCCACGUUUACUUUGUGCUCCUUCUCAACGGCCGCCGAAUGGUCUCUUGGGGCACCGAUGGCUCCAAGCUGAACGCCAACACAGGCACCGUUGAGUAUGGCUUAUUCGAGCCGAGCAGCAGGUGGCGUUCCUUAGAACAGGGUGUCAACCUCAGGCCCGAUGGCGUUGAGAAAAGAUACUUCUUUUUUUCGGCCAACACAGUUGGCACGUCUGUUGCUACGAACGGAGGGCUACUGGAGGUACAAGCUUUCAGAUCUAUGGGAAGACAAAGACAGGCUCCUCGCCCUGGCGAAUAUCGUGACCAAGUUGACUAUGGCAUCACAUGCCCUUCCGGUGGCUUGGUGGAAAAUCCGCAAGAUCUCGCAUAUUACAAUUGGGUGCUGAUUGACCCAAAGGACUCUCCCUUUGCUGCAUUCCGGUUCUAUUACAGGUCAUAG